AUGAACAAUUUGAAACUUAUCAAUUGUGAGUUUGUUGAUGUAGUAAGGAAUUGGAUAAGAACCACAUUUGGAACAAACAGUGUCAGAAAAAACAACCUUAUUCUCAUUGGAAAGAGCAACAUUGGGAAGAGCGUCCUCUUCAAAUACCUUAUGUUCCCAGAAAUGAAAAUUCCGUUUGAAUCACUUGUCGAUUACCAAAAAGGAGACGGAAACUUCACAUACUACAGUGAGGAGGCAGACUAUGUAAUGAGAGUAUUCGAUGAUUUCACAUCAAAUGGGGUGAACAGCGGUACGAUAAAGAACCUCAUGGGUGGUGAAGAAUUCAAAUCUAGAGUACUAAGAGAUGUAAAAAAUGUAUAUCCAGUUCCAUUUGUACUCCUAUUUAACCCGGAAGAAUUCCGCAAUUUUGUACAUGAGUUCAACUCUGACAAAUGGCUUGAGGAAAACUGUACCAUAUUCCCGAAAUUUAACUUCAAUGAUUUCCGCAUUAAAGGAAUUAGAUACGAAAUACCUUACUGGAAAGAUAAGAUUUACGAUGAGAGAAGUAUUGAAAGGGUGACAGAAUACGACUUCUUGAUGACUUCUGUUCUUGGACUCAGUGGUGAUGAACUAGAGAACAUCAUCGAGGAUGUAACAAUGGAAGGAUACCCAAAUUACGUCAAGAUACAGAAGGCUAUUACUAAGGAGAAAGAUGAGAGUCAAGUUGUCACUCAAGUCCCUAUUCCAAUCAGGACAGUCCAACCAAUGGAGGAAGUACACCAGAGCAACGAGAUGGAGGUUGAAGUAGCUCCACCAGAAGACAUGGGGUUCAUCCAAACAGGAUACUCCCAACAAUACAUCUAA